CAGUGCCUCUGGGAAAGCCAGUGAGAGGAUACAGCACACCUGCACAGGUGUCGCCGCCCCGGCCGGGAGUCCUGGUUCUUUUGGCACCGUGGGAACUGGGCCGGCUCCAGUGGAGAGGACGCAGCAUGGGGAACCGGGUCACCAGGGAUGACUUUGAGUGGGUCUAUACAGAUCAACCUCAUACAGAGAGAAGGAAGGAGAUCUUGGCCAAGUACCCUGAGAUCAAGAAGCUGAUGGGUCCAGAUCCCCAGCUGAAGUGGGUGGUGUCCCUGAUGGUGCUGACCCAGCUGGUGGCCUGCUACUUGGUGAAGGACCUGCCUUGGAAGUGGGUCUUCUUCUGGGCUUACGCCUUCGGGGGCUGCCUCAACCACUCCAUGACGCUGGCCAUCCACGACAUCUCCCACAACGUGGCCUUCGGCAACAAGGAGGCCAAGUGGAAUCGCCUUUUCGGCAUGUUCGCCAACCUGCCCAUCGGGGUCCCCUACGCCACCUCCUUCAAGAAGUACCACGUCGACCACCACCGCUACCUGGCCGGGGACGGGCUCGACGUGGACGUUCCCACGGCCUUCGAGGGACGGUUCUUCCACUCGCCGCCCCGCAAGAUCCUCUGGCUUUUCCUGCAGCCCGUCUUCUACAUCCUGCGGCCCCUCUACGUCAACCCCAAGCCCUUCACCGGCCUGGAGGUGAUCAACGUCGCCGUGCAGCUGGCUUACGACCUCUUGAUCUACUCCUUGUGGGGGCCCAAGCCCGUCUUCUACAUGAUCGCCGGCUCCACGCUGGCCAUGGGGAUCCACCCCAUCUCCGGACACUUCAUCGCUGAGCACUACAUGUAUCUCAAGGGCUACGACACCUUCUCCUACUACGGCCCCUUGAACUGGCUGACCUUCAACGUGGGUUAUCACAUGGAGCACCACGAUUUCCCCAGCAUCCCGGGCAGCAGGCUGCCGCUGGUGAAGAAGAUUGCUGCUGAGUACUACGACUAUUUGCCCUACCACACCUCCUGGGUCUGCGUCCUCUGGGACUUCAUCUUCUGUGACUCGCUGGGGCCCUUUGCCCGCGUGAAGAGGAAGUACAAAGUGGCCAAGGCGGAGUGAAACAAGAGGGUCACCCAACAGAGCUCCCAGCUCUCCAGCCUCUCAGGGACGGGGGGAGGUUUGACAUCAGGGGAGUUAUUUAUACCUGUUGCCUAAUACCAGAUGUGUACGCGCUUCAUUUAAGGGUCAAAUAUUGUCAAAGACUCCACUGACUGAGACAUGAGUCAUUAGGCAGCCUCACUGGGCCACGGGAGCAUGCCUCCUGACUCCUCGGCUGGUGUACAACUACCCACGCUCCUCCCAGCAACCAACACAGGGCAUGUGGCCAAUGGUACUGGGGCAUGGCUGAGAAGGGGGUGUGGCUAGGGCAUCUCCUGGGAUCCCCAGCUGCUGCUAACAAUCAGUGUCUAUUAGACUGUGCCAUGGACUAGCUUAGCAUCCAGAUGGCUUUCCUGCCACCUUCAUUCCCCCCCACCCCAGACUUCUUAUUAAAUGGUCCCCAGCCAAUCUGGAGCAUCAGCUGGUACAUGUACAUAGGUAUUACUACGGGCCACCAAAGAGAGCUCAAGUCUAGGCUGUAGGCCUGAUUCCCCGCUCCCUCAAAGCGGUGUGAAUCUGGAGUGACCCCCAUUGAAACCAGUGCCAUUGAACAGGCAUAAAUCAGGAAUAACUCCACGGGAGUCAGUGGGGCUGAUUCAUGCCUCCCUCCCCUUGCCCUAGCACUGACGUAAAUGAAACGAGAAUCGGGCCCCGUAUAAAAUGUGAACUGUAAUAAGUGCAUCCCCAGAUCUGCAAGAAAGGACCGUGCAUACAUAAUGCAAAGAUACAGCCCUACUUAAUUAGUCAUGUUCCUUAUAUUAAAAGUAACUCGAGGAGAAGCUUCUGUUGGAUCUGUGCCUUUUUUAGCUCCUUUGAUGGAAAAAAGAGACUGAAAAGAUUUUUUUUUUUAACCCAUUGGAAUGUCAACGCUGGUUUGGUUUCUGCUGGAGGGCUGCUUGGAGGUCUCCAAGGUGUCGCUUGAAACCACUCCUGGAAAGGAAACGGAGCGGCUGGCAGUUUAACAAAGAGCGCUCACCUCCCACCCGUUUAUUGGGUGCUUGAGUUUGUUGGUGUCAGUGGGGAUCUGGCUGGCUAUUUGCAAACCUCUGGUCCAUACCUGUCUUGCAUUAGCUCUGCAUGUUUGCCGUGGUGGGAUCAUUUGCUUACAAGUGACGGGUGGGGUUUUGAAAGUGUAAAUUAAGUUGGAGUUGUCAGAUCUUGCCCAAUGGUCUGUGAUGGGAUGUUAGAUGGGGUGGGAGCUGAGUUCCUACAGAGAAUUCUUUCGUGGGUGCUGGCUGGUGAGUCUUGCCCACAUGCUCAGGGUUUAACUGAUGUCGGGAAGGAAUUUUCCCCCAGGGCAGAUUGGCAGAGGCCCUGGGGGUUUUUCACCUUCCUCUGCAGCGUGGGGCAUGGGUCACUUGCUGGAGGAUUCUCUGCACCUUGAGGUCUUUAAACCACGAUUUGGGGACUUCAAUAACUCAGGCAUAGGUUAGGGGUUUGUUACAGGAGUGGAUGGGUGAGAUUCUGUGGCUUGUGUUGUGCAGGUCAGACUAGAUCACUGGUUCCCAAACUGGGGUUUGUGAACCCCCAGGGGGUUCACGAAAUGUUACAGGGGGCUCUCGGGGAAAAAAUUCCCUAAUGGCGGACAGAGUUGUCCCUAGGAAUCCCGGACAGCACAGGGCUAGCAGCCUGGAGACCCUGGACUUCCAAGAGCUAAGCAGAUCAAAGCAAGCAUAUCUAUCACACUGAGGAGAUUUAAACGUCAAGAUUCCUUAUAAGAAAUGGAAAGGGAGGUGGAUAUUUUUUGCUGUUUUUAAAAUUAAAUAGGCAGGUAGUAUUGUUUUUAAAAUUAUUAUGAAGAACAAAAUUAUUAUUAUUAAGCUUUGUUGUAACGUGCGUUGUUUGCCUGGACUACUCAAGACCUGAAUGCUUGUGUAGGAGGAACUCUUUGAGUUGGCUUCUUAAAUACCUUCCUGCUGUUUCAAAUCUGAUACUCCUUGAUGAAACAUAGGAGCCUUGUCUUAUAACAGGCUUAUUCAAAGUGAUACCAGCUACGGAAGUGAGAUCUUGGAAGAGUGUUGCCCGUUUUCAUAAUGUAAUAAAAAUAAUGUAAUUAUAAAUAAUAAGUAAUAAUAAAUCGUGUGUAGUAAGCAU